AUGGCUUUGACUCUGGACACUGCACACAACUAUACUCCCACCUUUAUUGGUUUAGGAACCCAGCUAGGGAUAUCAGCUGGCAUUUCCCUAUAUUGUUUAUUGCAAUUUGAAUGGAAUCGUCAUCAAGAAUCAAUGCAAUAUCUAUAUAGUCCUCGUACAAAACUAUCAAAAAAUCCUUCUCCACCCAUUCCUCCUGGGCUUUUUUCUUGGGUAAAAGCCACUAUUUUCUUAUCAGAUGAAUUUUAUUUAACAAGAGUAGGUCUUGAUGCUUUAAUGUAUAUUCGCUUUCUUCGAAUGGCAUUUCAAUUCUUAUUAUUUAAUUCAAUCAUUGUUGGUCUAAUUCUUAUGCCAACCAAUUAUUUUGCGGGUGGUUUUGCUGAUGGUGUUGAGGUACUUUCUAUUAAUAAUAUUCCCGUUAAUAAAACACAACCACUCUGGGCCCACAUGAUAUGCACUUAUAUUGUCAGUAUCAGUUGGAUGUAUCUUUCAUAUAAAAAUUAUUAUCAUUACAUGACAUUGCAUAGACAACACCUUUUAAAUAAAGUAGAGACUGAUUCCAUUACUGCUAGGACAGUAAUGGUGUCGAGACUUCCUCAUGAUUUGAGGUCUGAAGAAAAACUUCAAGAAUUUGUCGAUGGGUUGGGUUUGGGGCCUGUAGAAACUACAAGAAUUGUGAGGCAUACUGGAAAACUUGACCGAAAAAUUUAUAGACGAGAAAAAGCUUUACUUUUACUUGAAAAAGCUCAUAUACAACUUGCAAAAAAUGUUUGCAAUACUAUUAAAGGUCGUAAAUUAUUUGGAAUUGGUAUUUGGGCAAGAUUAUUUGGUUAUAAGCAUGGUUCAUCUCAGGAUAUAUUAGAGGCUGGUGAAACAAAGGAACAUCAGAGAAUUCAAUCACUUGUUGAAUGGUUGAAUCCACGUAAAAAGAAAUCUGAUAAAUCUGAUAACAAUCAAAUUCAAAGUUCAUCAGAUCAAGAUAGUAACAUUAAUAGACAUUACACUACUCCCAGUGAAGAUAUUAUGAAUCAAGAGGAUGGUUAUGGUCGCCAAUUUUUAAUAUGGGAUUCGCUUGCUCAUAUAUCUAAGCCUGUGCUUGACAGAUUUCAACCCAUUCGUAGGAUAGGAGUUAUGAAAGGAGAGAAGCUUUUCUCGAUUGAUCAUUUUCUUAAAAAAUUUAAUUAUUUGGAUCGUCGUAUUGCUGAAUUACGUUCUAUCCCAACUAAUGCUCCUACAGGCCCUUAUAAGGCUACGGGUAUUGGCUUUGUAACUUUUCGUGAUCAUAUCAGCGCUCAAAUCUGCGCACAAAGCAUUAUAAGUUCAACACCACAUACAUGUACUACUAGAAUGGCUCCAGAACCAAGAGACCUACUUUGGGAAAAUUUGAUCAUGCGAUUUCGGGAAAAUAUGAUUCGUUAUAUUAUUGUUAAUGCUUGCGUUUGGGCUUUGACAAUCUUUUGGCUUUUUCCUAUUUUUGCUUUCCUUACUCUAACAUCAAUUGAAACGCUCUCUCAACGAAUUUCUUUCUUGGGAGCUUUUCUGGAAGCUACACCCGCGAUACGUACUCUUCUUCAAAAUGUUUUGCCAACUGUACUAGUUUCAUUUUUCAUGGGAAUUUUACCUUGGAUUUUAAUGGAAAUUUCAAAACAAGAAUGUUUCGUAUCUUAUUCAGAAUUGGAAGAAGCAGUAUUAGUUCGAUUCUAUCAAUUUUCCUUCUUUAACGUUUUCAUAGUAUUUUUAUUGGGUAUUACAUUUUUACAAUCAAUUUUUGAUGCGAUCAAUAAUCCCACUAAUAUUAUUGAGUUGCUUGCUACCAGUUUGCCCAAGGGUGCAACUUUUUUCAUCAAUUACGUCGUCUUUAACAUUUGUACGCAUGGUUUUGAACUUGUUCAAGUUGGAUCGCAGAUUUUUCUUCAUAUAAUCCUUACGUCCAGAUUCAUAGCCACAACCCCACGUAUGCUUAAACGUGCGACUAACCCUUGGCCAUUUCAAUUUUAUUUCUAUUAUCCUAGUCAUAUCCUAAUUCUUGUAAUAACUAUUACUUAUUCAACGAUCAAUCCUUUGAUAUUGAUUUUUGCGCUCGUAUACUAUGCAAUCGCCCUUGUAGUAUUUAAACAUCAAUUUGCUUAUUGUUAUGUGCGACGAUAUGAGGCCGGAGGGAAAUUUUAUCGACGUGUUUUUCGUUACACUACUGAUGGCUUGAUUAUAUUUCAAUUAACUGCUCUUGGUGUAAUUUGGCUUCGUAGAGCAAUAGCUCAAGGUGUUUUGAUUGUACUACUUAUAAUAGCUACUGGAUAUUUUAAAUAUUAUUGUCAUAAGACAUUUCAUUCUAGAACAAAUUAUCUAGCUUUAGAUACGCGUUCAAAACAACAAACCAAAGAAGAUCUGUCAACUCCUAAAAAAAAUCAAUCGGAAGGUUCUAUAGAUACUGUUGAAUUAUCAAAAAAAGAUGUAGAUGAAAAAUAUCAGCUCAAAAUUAAUGCAACUGAUAAUAUUAAAAAGGACAUGUCAUCACAAAUGAUAGAAACCAAUGCUGAUAAUGUACUUGUUAAACGUAUAAUAAGUGACGAAUCUCAUGGUAGUGAUAGUGAAUCAAGUACAAAAUAUAAUAGUUCCAAUAAUAUGCAUUCAAAAAUUAUUGAUGAGCGAUCCUCUGUAAAUUUAAUUGAAAAAAUUGAAUUUGAAAAAAGUGACGAUCAUGGAACUCAACAGACUCAACAGCCAAAAACAGUAACAGUGCAAACUAACAUUGCUGAUGAAAAUAUUGGUACCUCUAAUAGAACUACACUUAAGUUAUCACUUGUCCCUCCAAAUCUCGACCCAUCAGUAAGGGAGUUGACAUCUUCCCCCGUCAGUUGUCCUGAUCUAGGUAUUACACGCACACCUUUGCGAAGUUCUCGAUCUAAUAUGUACCCUCUAGUUAUGAAAUAUGAUCCUAACCGUAUAGCGAUUCAAGAUGAAUCAUCGCAGUAUCAAACAUAUAUGCAUCCUAAUCUUGUUAAAGAUUUAAAUAGAAAACUCUGGUUACCUAGGGAUCCUCUUAAAACAAUUACUAUUGAAGAUACUGUUGAACUUACUCGUGCAUUAACAUCAAGUGAAGGUGGAAGUGGAGUUGUUGGAUUUUGGGGAGAAGCUUCAACAUAUUUGAAUGAAGCGAAGGUUAGUAUGUAUGGAGUACUUGAAUUCGUCCCUUCACCACAUCAACGAGAUGCAACUGGUAGUACAGUUGGUGAAGUACCUGGUCACCAUAGACGAAAAACUACAUCAAAUGGGGAUCCAGAAACUAAUGUUGAUGAUUGUAAUGGUGAAGAAGAAUUAUGCGAUGAUGGCAUUGUCAGCUUAGGGGAAUUCUUUAGUGGCGAAUUAAGGUCCGGAGAAUUAUCAAGUGGUGAAGAAUAUUAA